AUGUCCCCUACUUCCAAGGCCCAGUAUCCAGCCCCUUGCAUCCUGCUUUGGGAAACGUGGAAGGUGAGAAAUGCAGCGCUCUUCGAUGGGACUUCGCCCUUGAUCCCUAGGUUGAUUAACAAGAUCAAAUGGUGGCUGCAUUAUAUCCAAUCAGGUGGGCUGAGUCCUUCUUCUUUUCCUCCGGGCUCCUUGUUCUCGGUAAAUAGGAUAAGCUCUAGCCGAGCCCACCCAGGCUUUUCCCCUCUGUUCAGACCGGACCCGACUACUCCCUUCCCAGCUCCCGCCUCAGGUAACCCCGGCCCAUCAGGCAGCGGAGGGACGUGUAAAGAUGAUAAAGGGGUUUUUCUGUUCGCCUUUUUGGAGUGUUACAGGACUAGUUCAAAUGUCCAUGCUGAGCUCCGCGCUAUCCAUGACGGUAUCCUUCGGUGUUUGUCUAGGGGCCUCAAGAAGAUCAUCGUCGAAUCAGACUCCCAACUCAUCAUUGGUUUCCUGGUGAGGGCAACCACUCCUGGGUGGAAAUGGAGUUAUUGGCUAGCUAGAAUCAGGCACAUGGCUGCUUCCACCCAGGUGAAGUUUAUGCACACCCUCAGGGAGGGUAAUGCCCCUGUUGAUGAAUUGACAAAGAUGGAUAGCAAGUCUAAAUCUUCCCUCUUCUUUAACUCCUACGUUGACUUUCCUCAGACAGUCAGGGGCCUCAUUUUCCUGGAUAAGGUCGUCUUAGGGGCCUUACGUUCCAAAGUUUCGUUUGGUUUCCCAGCCCCCUUUUUUGAUUGGGCGUUCUCUUCUCUGUAA